CCUUUUUCACCAUUCGCUGGAUAAACCGAAAAGAUGCAUAAGUCAAAGCGAAGCUUUUCACCGCUCAAUUACCCCUGGACCGGGUCUUCCCUGCUAAUUCCACCUGCAUCCCUCUCGAGUGCAGAAGUCUUGGCGCUUUUCCAUCUGCAUUGCGGAGUGCAGCGCGCCGCCCGCGAACGACGAACGAACGCCGACCUCUCCGGACUCCCAGCGACUGACCACCAGCAAAGAUGGUGCUGUCAUUCAUCCUCAUCCAGAACCGGCAAGGCAAGACUCGUCUCGCGAAGUGGUAUGCGCCGUACAGCGAUGAAGAGAAAGUGAAAUUAAAGGGCGAGGUGCACCGCCUCAUCGCGCCGCGCGACCAAAAGCACCAAUCCAACUUCGUCGAGUUCCGCAACACGUCCAAGAUCGUGUACCGGCGGUACGCGGGGCUGUUCUUCUGCGCGUGCGUCGACACCAACGACAACGAGCUCGCGUAUCUAGAAGCUAUACAUUUCUUUGUCGAGGUGCUGGAUGCGUUUUUCGGGAACGUGUGCGAGUUGGAUUUGGUGUUUAAUUUUUAUAAGGUGUAUGCGAUUCUCGAUGAGGUGUUCCUGGCGGGCGAGAUCGAGGAGACGAGUAAGCAGGUUGUGCUGACGAGGUUGGUGCAUUUGGAUAAGUUGGAGUAGAUGGGAGGGGGUGGGGCGCAUGGGUGGUGUUUGGCGUUUGGAGCGGUGGAAUCAGCCUGGUAUCAAAAGAUAGGUCAUAGAUCAAGUCUUUCAGGAAUCAUCCAUGUCAUGAUGUUCAAAAUCCAAGUUUCAUAGUCAUUUUCAUUCAUCUCUUAUUCCGCUGAAGACUAGCUAGGAUUGCAAACGCCUUCCUGCUGCGUUGCUGUAACUGUCUGGCAAGUCAAGUCGGGCCCAGAUAACGCCAUAUCCCAUCCAAAUCAGAUACCCAAUGCUGCGCCAGAACGCUUGCAGUUCAAAAAUCUCCAUAGCCGUUUGAGGGGCCGUUGACAGCGCUAGCCGGGAAAGAAGUCAUCGAGGAACACAGGCG